AUGGGCAACAAGGCGGCCAAGCCGCUGUCGUUGACCAAGGAGAACGACGUCGUGCCCUUCGACGUGGCCGACGCGGGCUCGGAGCGCAACUUGGUCAAAGCCGAUCGGCGGCUCUCGGCGGCGUCCACAGCGCGCCUCGUCGAGUCGGCGGCGGCGAAGAACCAGAUCACGACACGGCACAAGAAGCACCACAAAAAGCCGGACAAGAAGGCAGCACUGAAGAAGAAGAAGACGCAGAAGAAGGCGAGUGCCAAGGACGGCGACCCGGCCGAGUUUGACUUUAGCUCGGACGAGAGCUCGGAUGAGGACGAGGAUGACGACGACGAGGUCGAGGAAACAAAGAAGCCGAGCAAGAAGCAGUUGCCCCACAACCACCACCAUCACCACCACGAGGAAGUCCUCUUUGAAGAGUCGCCAGCUGUCCACAGAAAGCCUGGCAAAGCCUCCAAGCCAGAAAAGCCCGCCAAACCAGACAAGCCUGUGAAACCAGACAAGGACGACGAGACUGAAACGAAGAAGAAGAAAGACUCGCCGCUGGCCAAGAUGAAGCGCAAGUCCCGGGUCAAGGCGGCCGCCGUGGUCGAGGCCGACGUGGAGCCGCCGAUUCGGCACCACUCGGCGCGCGUCUUGGCCCCAAUCGACCUGAAAGGACUCAAGACAAUCGACAAGAUGCCGGCAAUCGAGGUGCCCCACGCCGCGCAAGACGAGUCGCAGGUACCCCCCGUGCCAGUGUCGACACCGCAGUCGUCCACCCGCACCCAUACCCCCAAGGCCGAGGUCGAAGCGCCGCUGCCGCGCGUCCAGAGCGAUCUCAACCUCGACGACGUCACGGACGAGUUCUUCAACGACGACUUUGAGGUGGCUCGGCCGCCGCUCAAAAUGGUCGAAGUCCGGAGCCCGCGCAGCACAGAACCGCCGGUACAAGCACAAGCCCGGCCGUCACCGCCGGUACAAGCACGGUUGUCGCCGCCCGUCCGCGCCGCCGACAGGUUAGUAAUAGAUGACAUCGACGAGGACAUUAUGAAGGACAUUCUCGACGAGAGCUAGCCCAUAGUAGUUAAUAAUUAUGUACC